GAGAGACUGCCGUGUAACCUCUGUGCGGAUUUGAUAGUGUUUGUCCGUGUUUGUGUCUGAAAUGUCUCAGGACUGGACAUGGUGCAGCUCAAAGACUGUCUACUGCUGCUUCUCCUCCUCACAGAUACAUCACUGGUCCUACUCUCUGAAAUAUGCAAUGGACACAUGGACUUGUCCCAGAAGCCUAUGGGACAUUUGACUUUCAAUCCAAAGCAGGGGACAGACCAAACCAAGAGGACACUUGUGGUUUGCACUCGGACUUUGGAGAUCCCAGCACGUCAUACAGUACUACUAAAGUUAGUGUGGCUGGAGAGGGCGUCAAACAUGUCCCUGUUGUGCGUUUGGGGCACAAAGGAGUGGACACUGGCUGUGGGGGACAUUGCCCUGCUUUCUGGAUGUGACCAAAACAAAGCCAAUCUCACUUGGACCGGUGCAGGGCAUUCCUCAAAUGCUUUCCAGCUCUUCUACAAUGUUCAGGAGGACGAGAAAAGCUCCACAGAGACCUACACCAACCCAGACUCACACCCCAACAUCUUCACCUCUUCUCCAGACACCACCACUGAUCAUAGUCCCUUUUCUGAGAGUGCAGAUCUUUCAGGGAAUUCAACCCGCAACUCUGGGCUGAUACAGCCCACCACCACCUCCCCCUCCAUCUCUGGAAGCACUGGCAGGGAAGCUUCUAUAUUUCCUGGGGAAGAAUGGAACAAUGGACCGGAUACAUCUGGAGCGACACGGCGCACUGAUAGUCCUGGUACACUGGACUAUUUUAACACACAACAUUCAGUUCGAAGUUUGGAUUUUAUGACAUCUCAAAAUGCGAAUUUACAAACUUUCUCAGAAUCAAAUGAAGCAACAACUAACAGCGAAACAUCUGUAAGCACUGGAUUCUACACAACUACUGGCCACUAA